AGGAGAAACCGUCAUUUCCAGAGUGUAAGACUGUCAGUUCAGCAGCUACCUCAGCAGCCACUCACUGCACAGAUUCCCCCUGCCCAGGCCUUCCCCACAGAAAGGUCAGGAAGUAUUAAGGAAGACAUGGUGGAGAUGAUGCUGCUGCAGACGGCACAGAUGCACCAGGUCAUCAUGCAAAGCCUGAUGCUCCAAGCCCUGCCCCCAUCGGCGAUGGCACCCUCCCAGGGACCGCAGGCCACACCCCAGAACCCCACCCUGCAGGUAGGCUCAGCCUGGAGCAGACACCAGGCAAAGGAGGCCACCCAAGUCAACACCCCAGUACCUGGGCGGCUUCUCUUCUGGAAUCUGUGCAUGUGUGUAACUCUGCAAAGCACAGUUUGGGCUCUGGGGGUCUGUGAUGAGCUGAAGCCUCCCAGUGCACCCGUUCCCCCAGAUGAGGACGGGGUCGUGCAGUCUGGGGUCCAGAAACCUGCCACCUUGGGCCAGGCUGUCCCAACGCUCCCGUCCCCUCCGGCUCCGGCCCCGCCCACCCGGUCUCCGGCUCCGCCCACUCCGGGCUCCCGUCCCGCCCCUAGUCCCGAACCAGGCGGAGGGACAGGCCAGCCGCAGCGCCUUGUCGCGUUGAAAUGGGCCGCUGUGUGUGCCGAUCUCCCGCAGCGGGCUCACGCCGCCGUCCCGCGAGCUGAGAAGCGGAAGCCGCCGUCCGUGCACCACCACCAUCACCACCCCGCGCCCGCAGCCCCGCUGCAGGCCGUCCCUGCGCCCGGCUCACCUGCGCCUUUCUCCGUGUGGUCCCCGGUGGUCCCGGCCACCGCCCUCCCGCCGGCCGCCAGCUUCCUGCCCACCGUGCGCCACGUGACCGGCCCUCCAGCCGCUGCCCUGAGCGCGGUGGCAUCCGACGGCGUCCUGCCCGCUCAGGUUCCGGGCCUGUGAGCCCCACGAUGGCCGGCCGCUCCUUGUCCUCCCAGCAGAGGCGCCCCGGAAAACCAGGCGGAAGCCCGGCAGUCGUCCCUGGCGGGGGACUCGGAGGGUCUUAAGGAAACGGGGAUUUCGUUAGGAAAGAUGCCCUGGAGCCACAGAAGGAAAGAUCCAUAGAUUUAGCCACAUAAGAAUAUAAACCUUCCUGCGGGAAAAGUACCCUAACCAGUCAAAUAGACUGAACACUGGGAUAUCUGCUGUCCACACGGGUGGCAGUGCUGAGGGGCAGAAGGAGCAGCUGCAGAGCGUGAGCUGAUGUCCGGUGAGGAAAGCGCUGCUGUGUGGCUGGACCCACACGCCAGCCCGUCUGCUCUGGAGAUGAACCGGCAGAAACUGCACACGGCCACCAGACUCUGUUCCGUUUGCUCUUCUGCUUCUCUUGGAAGUACCAAAAUGAAUACGUCACCUUUACUCUCUUUGGUACGUUCUUUUCUUGGUGGAUUUAUGUCCUCUUGCUGUUUUAGUACUGUCUUCAUGUAAGUGUCAUUUAAGUAUCAUGACUGUUUUCAUGGCCCCUUUGGGGCAACCGAUCUGGUUCCGUACAAGUAGGAGCCCUGUCUUUGCAUCCAUGGACCGUCGCGGGUUCUCCCGAAGGCUUGUAAGAGGAAGCCGGGCGCCCUUCGAGCUGCCUUCUCACUGCACACAGACUCCCUCCGGGCUGCCCAGGCGGUCCGUGCCCACCGGUGGGCUGGGCCACGUCUCUCGAUGAACAAAAGUCUGACCUGAUUCCUUAUUUUCACAUUAACUUUUUCUGAUAUGGUUUUCUCUUUGGCUUUAUUUAUCAACAUUAUGAAAACUCCGCUCAGUGCACCUUCUGUGUAGGAAAAUCCCAGCUCUUCCCUUGCGUGUUUCUUCCCCGUGAAUGUCCUUCACUCUCACAAGGACACUUCCCUUGUGGGGAGGCUGCUGCUCCCCACAACCACAGGCGGGUCUCCAACUCCUGCCGGUUCCUACAGCUCAAUCAAGUCCUGACACCGUCUACCCCCGGAGUGUGGCGGGUCCCACAGGUGUGGGCUCAGUCCCACAAUCGGCCCUGUCCCCUCACUUGUGAUGCCAAUCACAAGUCCACAUGGUCACCUGUGCUUCUGACCCGCCGGCUCUAGACCAGAGGUCCCCAUGAGCCCUCCUCGGUUCCUUUACCUGGAACAGCACACAGAGCUCAGGGAUACCCUGA